AUGUCACGCUCUCUGCUCAUCUUCUUCUUCACCAUCGGAUGCGUCUCCUCGCUCUCCUGCUACGUCGGAACCCCGCAACACCAGCGUUUGGUUAAGGGGUACAAACACUGUGUAACUGCAUACACCGUCGGAAACCCAUCGGCAACCUACUACUCCGGAUCAAAGAUCGGAGCAUCGGAAACGGUGGGAUCUGACGAUGGAACCCUCUGCAUCCCAACGGUAAAAAUUCACAAAACUGAACGACUUUCACUAAUGUAUAUUUUUUAGAUUGGCGAUGGUCUGAUCUCCUUGAAGUGCAAGUGCUUCAAGCACAAGUGCAACAAAGCCCAGGGAUUAUAUGAGAUGGUCGGGAAAGGGGGCGUCAGAAUCUACGACGAAGCGCUCUGA